CAUAUUUUGAGGCUAAAUAAUCAAGCACCACCACUCUAAACACUUCCCCUCCUCUCAUCUCCUCAUUUUACCAUUGCUGAUUUUAAAAAAAGUUGCGGCAAUGGGGGAGCCUAAUAGAAUCAGCAAUGGCUCUUCGCGAUCAAGCGUCUCAGUGCCACCAUCCCCACCCCCGCCACCAACGCCUGGCACAACUCUCCUGGAGCCCACGGAUUCCAAGAAGCACCACAAAAGAAAGGCCUUCAGGGUUUUCAAAAAUGUUUUCAGAACAUUUCCUAUAAUCCAGCCUCAUUGCAGCCUGCCAUCGCUUCCUGGUGGCAGGAUCCCUGAUUCUGGCAACAAGGUUUGUGGCACGCUUUUCGGGUUCAAGAAAGCCAGGGUUACCUUGUCCAUUCAAGAAAAUCCUAGGACAUUGCCAAUUUUUGUGGUGGAGCUAGGUAUCCAGACAAGUGUGCUGCAGAAAGAAAUGAGUGCUGGAUUGGUAAGACUUGCAUUGGAAUGCGAAAAAAGAGGCGAAAAGGACAAGACAAGGCUGAUGGAGGAGCCAGUAUGGACAUUUUUCUGUAAUGGGAAGAAAACAGGGUAUGGAAUGAAGAGGGAAGCCACGGAUGCAGAUUUGCGCGUCAUGGAGCUUCUGAAUGCGGUGUCUAUGGGAGCUGGAGUCCUGCCAUCGAUUGAUCAGGAGGUCGAUGGACCGGAGAAUGAGAUGGCCUAUUUGAGGGCACAUUUUGAUCGUGUAGUAGGGUCUAAAGAUUCGGAAACUUUGUACAUGUUGAGUCCUGAUGGGAAUGGUCCAGAGUUGAGUAUCUUUUUUGUAAGAUUAUGA